AUGUACACAGGCAUGAAUGGAGGCAUCAUGCCAUCAGCAGGUCAUUACAGCGACAUGCAGACAUUGAUGCAGAACAUGGAAAGCCUGAGUGGUUGGCUAGAGCAGAACCGGCAGGAUUGGGCACAGGUUCAGGAUGGCAUUGCAAGAGUUGAGCGAUUACAAGGCAGACUGGCUCAGAAUGGCCAGAUACCGCUGCUCAAUGGCGACCCUCCAUCGGAACCAGAGAGCGAUCAACCCACCAUCGCCCAACUCUCUGACUCUCUUGCGCGCGCAAACCUCCAGCUCGAAUCCAUGCGAAACACGUACAACGACCACGUCAGCCUGCAACGACUGUACGAAGAGACGCUUACCGAUACCACGGAGCGCAUACGGCAGUACUGCUUCGAGCAGCAGAACCAUAUCAUCGCUCUGCAUCAGCACUACACUACUCUACUGUCGCAGAGUCGCAGUGAGACUGUGGAAGCACAAUUGACACAUCAAGCUUGGCAGGCAAGCUUACAGAGAGUUAGCGAGAAUGUACGAGAGGCUAUGAAGGCGCGACAAGAGGAGGGUAUGCCAUACAAGCGGAGGAUUGCUGGCUUGAAAGAAGAGAACAGAGUGCUGAGAAAGAUGGCUGGAUGGGAGCCAGCGGUGGACAGUGAUGACGAGGAGGUUGUGGAGGAAGAGGCAAGAAGAGGCAGGGUUCUGCAUGUGUCUGGGGCUGAGAGUGGAAUAGGACAUGGUGUGCAGCAGCCUUCUUGA